AUGGAGUGGAUUGGCCGCGCCACGAUCGAGUUCACACACGCACCAUCACCUAGAGUUGUGACAUACAAGGAUGGCCAAAAAACGGAUCUUCUAAAGAUCGUUGAGGAGGCCACACCGCCAUGCCAGCUCAGUCCCCUGCUAUUCAAUGGCCAUAUGCAGACGAUAUGGGCGGCAAUGGAAGCACACGGCCCGCCAGUGUACUACCGCCGGAAGGUCUUCAAUGCUGACCACCAACUGUAUCAUGGAUCCUUCGCGGUGGAUUUCGUUGUCGAACCCUUCAAUGAUCCCGAUACCGAUCUCCCAAAUCGCACUGGAUACUUUAGCAACGAACAGCUCGAGAGCUUAGGUUCACUCGAUAAAAAGCCAAUGCUUGUCGUUCUACAUGGACUGUCGGGAGGCUCACACGAAACAUACUUGCGCCAUACUAUUGCCCCUCUGAUAGAGGAAGGUGUGUGGGAGAUUUGUGUAAUCAACUCCAGAGGCUGCGCAGGGAGCAAAAUUACGAGCGGCUUGCUGUACAAUGCGCGGUCUACUUGGGAUAUUAGACAAACAGUCUCGUGGUUAAGGCAGACAUUCCCAAACAGACCUCUUUUUGGGCUGGGAUUCUCAUUGGGUGCCAAUAUACUCACAAAUUACUGCGGUGAGGAAGGUCCAGACUGCAUGCUCAAGGCAGCCGUUGUUUGCUCCAACCCCUUCAAUCUCGAAAUUAGUAGCAAAUUCUUACAAGCUAGCCUUAUUGGCAAAGAGAUCUACCUUCGUUACAUGGCAACCUGCAUGAAAUCGCUCAUGCAUGUCCAUCGAAAGGAGCUUAAAAUGUUCACCAACCUUGAUAUCUCGACCACGGAGAAGAUAAAAUACCUUAACGAAUUCGAUCGCGAAGUUCAAUGCCCAACUUGGGGCUAUCCCACCGAAUACGCGUACUAUCGAGACGCCUCAUCUGUAGACGCCGUGCUAUCGAUCAGAAUUCCUUUCCUUGCUAUCCACGCAACCGAUGAUCCCAUUGCUGUGAAGGAAGCUCUUCCGUACGCGGAGUUUCGCCAGAACCCCGAUACCGUCCUUCUGACGACGUCCUUGGGCGGUCAUCUUUGCUGGUAUGAGACGGGCGGCGGCCAUUGGCACACGCGUGUCGUUGCCAACUUUCUAAAUGAGCUAGCUUUUCAUGCGGACCUCGACAGCCUCAAACCUGGACAAAAUACUCCUCCUAUCCCAGCACGACCCCGAGGCGCCAUUUAUGAUCCUAUGAAGCGCAAGCUAGCAAUCCGCGAGUAA